UUACUGCACUAAAAGAUGCAAAAAUACACUUCUCUCAAAAAAUAUACGAUUCCACAACUAUCAAAAAAAAUAAAAUUCUUCAAUUUCUUCUAACAUGGCCCGCGCGCUAAUUUCCAAUUGGUAAUUGGCGCUCGCUCCCUCAUUCUUUCAAAAUUUCACUCCUUUCGAAGUUUCAAAAUUUGGCGUUGUACGCUUCUUAUGGAAUCUGCAUCCAUGGGUUUGGCCGACAACGAGGGAGAGGAAUGGGAGCUAAGGCAUGAAGAUGGAUUCACUUACAAUAUCCUGAAGCGCCAGCGCUUAUUUGACCCAGCUGAAGCAGUUCAACCUCCUGUCACUGAUCCUAAGGCAGAAGAGAGGCACCGAAAACAACGCAAGAAAAAGAUUCUUUUAAAGCUAAAAGCUCAGUAUCAAAGGGAAAUUGACCAGUGGGAACUUCUGUCAAACAGCUUGCGUUCAGUGCAAGACAGAGCUUAUCAACAACAACAACAACAGUCGCGAGAUGUCGACCAGACGCCGUCCUCUUCGUCGUUGUCUUUAGAACCGACUUCGACGGGAGUUGAGGGAAACGAGAAUGCUUCUGGGUCCUUAAUCCAUGAGCUUCUUUUACUGGCAGAGGCGCAAGAAGCUGUAAUACAUGAUGUAUCAUAUUUAUGUGAUGUAGCAGAAUCAAUGUGCAAUGCUGAAAAAGAAUGGCUGGCACAAUCAUAUAUUGAUCUACCUGUAUGGUCUUCGCCUCGGAAGCUUAUGCAAUCACUUUGUGAUGAAUAGGUUGGUUUGGUGUAGUUAAUUAUUUUACAUUAGCUCUAGAAGGAAAUAUGUAAAGUUGUUGUCCUGCAAUUGUGUAAUAAUUCUUUUAACUGCAUUCUUGUGUGGAUGCAUGCUUUCAGAAGACUUUGCUAUAAUCUGUUCCUCUCUAGAUUUUCUUUUUUCUUUCGAAAUGAUAGUCCCAUAGUCCUCCCUUUUGUGCA